CUCUCUACUCGGGAAACAGUAUAUCGGGACAGAGUACCGGCAGCUGAAUCUCGUGGACUGGGGAGACACUUCAAUACCCCUGUAGCCGGUCCCACCUCAGAGGCCUUUUCCACCAUGUCCGACCUCAAAACCUACAUCAGCGACAAUGUUGUCAGAAUUCUCGGAUCUUCAGACAAUGCGACGGUGGAAUACGUACAGUCACUUGCCAUGUCCUCCAAAACUGUCAACGACUUAUACGGUGCCCUCCUCAACACUGGUCUCUCCGAAUCCGCCGAGAUCCAAGCUUUUGCUGCUCAGGUGCACUCCCUCGUUCCGAGAAAAGCAAAGCCUAAGUCCACAAAGAACGCAUCAGUGACGAAACCUCAGAAAUUCACACUUAUGCUGGACGAAGAUGACGACCUGAAAAGUUCACGUAAGAAGGAGAAGAAGAUUAAAGGGAAAGAGAAAGAAAGAGACAGAGAUGGAGGGGCUGUAAAGCUCAGCAGAUCGACAAGGAAGAGGGAGACCGACGGAAAUUGGGACGAUGCACCAGACGAAGAUCCAGAUCCCAAACGGGUCAGACUCGUCUCGCCACCACGAGACGAGCAAGAGAAUCUACUGCCGGAGGAGACAGAAGAAGAGAGGCUUGAGAGAGAACGAUUAGAGGAUCUUCAAGAGAGAGAUGCAUUUGCAGAACGGAUGAAGGAUAAAGAUCGAGAUCGGACCAAGAAACUUGUUACGGAUCGGUCGAGCAAGUCAGAAGGGGGGUUGGAAGCGACCAAACGAGCAGCUCUUGCGGACGACAGAGAGGCUAGAGAAGCGGUCAUUGAUGAUUUACGACUACGAUCACGUCAAGAAUAUCUCACAAAGCGUGAGCAGCAACGAUUAGACCUCCUGAAGCUGGAAAUCGAGGAUGAGAAGAUUUUGUUCAGAGAUCAGAAAAUGACCAAAAGGGAGAUAGAAGCAUACGAGAGGAAGAAAGAGUUGAUACGUAUCAUGGAAGCUCGACAACGGAUAGACGACGGGACAGAUGGUUAUAUGCUACCUGACGAUUAUAUCACCGAGCAAGGGAAGUUGGAUCGGAAGAAAAGACAGAAUGCUUUGUAUCAACGGUACGAGGAGAGUAAACCGGUGGAGGGACAAUUCGUCACGGACGUAGACCAGUGGGAGGAGAGUCAGCGGUACAAGACCGAUCUGAGAACAGGCGCCAUGGACAGGGAAGUGGUAGAGGAAGCUUAUGAUUAUGUCUUUGACGAGAGUCAAGGUAUCCAAUUCUUACAAGAAGGCAGAUUGGACGGGACUUUAACGGCGGAAGCUCAAGCGAUGCUGGACCAGAUCGUUGCUGCUGAGAAGAAAGCAAUGAGUAUUCAAGAGACCCGACAAUCAUUGCCUAUCUACGAAUUCCGAGAUGAAUUGUUGGAAGCGAUCGCCGAACAUCAAGUAUUAGUCGUCGUAGCUGAAACUGGGUCUGGUAAAACUACUCAGCUACCUCAAUAUCUUCACGAGGCAGGGUACACAAAAGGCGGGAUGAGAGUGGGUUGUACCCAACCUCGACGAGUGGCAGCUAUGAGUGUCGCCGCUCGUGUGGCGGAUGAGAUGGGUUCACGUCUUGGACAAGAAGUUGGGUAUUCGAUUCGAUUCGAGGAUAUGACGAGCGACAAGACGGUGCUCAAAUAUAUGACCGACGGCAUGUUGCUUCGAGAGUUUCUCACCGAUCCUGAACUAUCUACAUAUUCCGCCCUUAUCAUCGACGAAGCCCAUGAACGAACUCUUUCCACUGAUGUCCUCUUUGGUUUAGUCAAGGACAUUGCUCGGUUUCGACCUGAACUCCGACUACUCAUCUCCUCUGCCACACUCAACGCUCAGAAGUUCGCGGCAUUCUUCGAUGACGCACCCAUCUUCGAUGUUCCCGGACGACGAUUUCCCGUUGACAUGUUCUACACUCAACAGCCCGAAGCUAAUUAUAUUCAUGCAGCGGUGACGACCAUUCUACAAAUACACACCACUCAACCCAAAGGCGACAUUCUACUGUUCCUCACUGGACAAGAUGAGAUCGAGGCAACGGAAGAGAACCUCAAAGAGACCAUGUAUGCCCUUGGUGACAAGGUACCAGAACUCAUCAUCGCUCCUAUCUAUGCCAAUCUGCCAAGCGAAAUGCAAGCUAAGAUCUUUGAGCCGACUCCGGAAGGCGCGAGGAAGGUGGUUCUCGCUACCAACAUCGCUGAAACAUCUAUCACCAUCGACGGUGUGGUUUACGUGAUCGACCCCGGUUUUGUCAAACAAAACAAUUACAAUCCCAAGACCGGUAUGUCAUCAUUGGUCGUCGAGCCCAUCUCUCGAGCUUCUGCCCAACAACGGGCAGGGAGAGCAGGUCGUGUUGGUCCUGGAAAGGCAUUCCGAUUGUACACCAAAUGGGCGUUCAAAAAUGAAUUAUUACAAGAUACAAUACCGGAAAUACAACGUACCAACCUUGCCAAUGUCGUCCUUAUGUUGAAAAGUCUAGGUAUCAACGAUGUUCUCAAUUUCGACUUUCUUGAUAAACCUCCUGCCGAGACAAUCAUUCGAUCUUUCGAACUUCUCUACGCCCUCGGUGCUUUGAACCAUAAAGGCGAAUUGACUAGACUCGGUCGACGAAUGGCGGAAUUCCCAGUGGAUCCAAUGUUGAGCAAGGCCAUUAUCAACUCUGAAAAUUAUAAAUGCACACAUGAAGUGCUCACUAUCAUUUCAAUGUUACAAGAAUCCGGAUCACUGCUUUAUCGACCGAAAGACAAGAGAGUGCAUGCUGAUAAAGCACAUAAGAACUUUAUCAAACCCGGUGGUGAUCAUUUUACUUUGUUAAACAUCUUCGAACAAUGGGCGGACGCGAAUUAUUCUCAACAAUGGUGUUAUGAAAACUUCAUGCAAUAUAAGAGUUUGGUGAGAGUACGGGACAUUAGAGAUCAGUUGGCGGGAUUGUGUGAGAGGGUGGAAGUGAUAAUCGAAAGUUCACCGAAUGAGAUUAUACCAGUGCAAAAGGCAAUAACUGCGGGGUACUUCUACAAUACCGCACGUAUAGACAAAGGUGGUGGAUAUCGAACGACCAAAAACAAUCAUUCAGUCUAUGUCCAUCCUUCCUCUUGUCUCAUCGGGAUGCAACCGCCACCACGGUUCAUACUCUACUACGAACUCGUUCUCACUUCGAAAAAGUACAUGCGACAGUGCAUGCCUAUCGAAGGUACAUGGUUGUCGGAACUGGCACCUCAUUAUUUCAACAAGAGCGAGGUGGAACAGAUGAUGGGGAGUGCCGGAAAGGUCAAGAUGCCAAAACAGGUGGCAGAGCCGAAGGUUGGGCCAGUGCUGGCGUGA